AUGUCGCCCCAUGGUCAGUUACGACCAUUUAGAGCAGGUUGCACCAUGAAGACGGCGCGUGAUAGUCGUAAGAAAUGGAAUGUAGAAAUUUGGCCCAUGGCCAAGCGCUGGGACCUACGACGUCAUUCAGCGCUGCAAGAGAAAUUGAGAGUUCAAAGGUUCUGGAAGGAGGAUAACUCCAAAGAGGAUUACUCUAAGGAGGAUAACCUCAAACAGGAUUACUUUAUGAAGGCUAACUCUAAAGAGGAUUACUUUAAGGAGGAUAACUCCAAAGAGGAUUACUUUAAGGAGGAUAACCUCAAACAGGAUUACUUUAAGGAGGAUAACUCCAAAGAUUACUUUAAGGAGGAUAACUCCAAAGAUACUUUAAGGAGGAUAACUCCAAAGAAUAUUACUUUAAUGAAGAUAACUCCAAAGAAAAUUACUUUAAGGAGGAUAACUCCAAACAGGAUUACUUUAAGGAGGGAGGAUAACCUCAAACAGGAUUACUUUAAGGAGGAAAACUCCAAAGAGGAUUACUUUAAGAAGGAUAACUCCAAACAGGAUUACUUUAAGGAGGGUAACUCCAAGGAGGAUUACUUAAAGGAGGGUAACUUCAAACAGGAUUACUUUAAGGAGGAUAACUCUAAAGAGGAUUACUUUAAAGAGGAUAACUCUAAAGAGGAUUACUUUAAAGAGGAUAACCUCAAACAGGAUUACUUUAAAGAGGAUAACCUCAAACAGGAUUACUUUGAGGAGGAUAACUCCAAAGAGGAUUACUUUAAGGAGGAUAACUUUCAAACAGGAUUACUUUAA